AUUCUUGGAGGGUAUCUGUUUGUCGCAACGCUGAUAUUCCUGUCGCUUCCCACGCCCAACAUUAUAAAGGACGGUAGGAACCUCCGGAACGUAUCCGAGCCGAGAACGUUAUACCCAGUGGACUACAACGUCGACCACGUAUAAGCUGAAAACAUCGCACAUUUUGAACGAAAGUAUCCCGUAUCGAGGUGACGAGUGGACAUCUGUGAACGUCCAGGAUUUCUCAGCGGAAGAGCAGCAGCGCGUCUUCCGGAAUAUUCUGCGUUCCAUCAUGGAGCACAACAAGGCCCUCGACUACUAUGGAAUUUGAACAACUUGGACAUUGUAUUGGGAAUGAUUCUCUGGCUGGUGGGCCAGGUAAUGCACUUACUCUUCCUCUGUCUUAACGGGCAAAGGCUCUCCAACUUUUGUGAAAACCUCUACUACGACGCGAUGCAGUGCCUAUGGUACACGUUUUUCGCCAAGAGUAAGGUCGUUUAUCGGUUCUUGAUUAUGAACAUUGCCACGCCCCGCCAACUGGUCGCCAUGAAGCUGGUGGUCUUGAACAUGCAAACCUUCCAAACGGUGGCACGUUUGUCAGCCUCGUACUUCACGGUAUUGUCAUCGACGUUAUGAGCAGCCUGGAACCAAUAUAGUCAAACGAGCCGAGUAUUGUAACAACUGUCGUCGAGUAUGCAAUAAAUGAUUGUAUUUUCUGCUUGACACGACGGUGUCUGUUCACGAUAUCCUGAAUGCGAAAGCUCGAGUUUCGGUGAAUCUAGCGAGGAGAAGAAUCAAAGUCGAAAUCGAAGUUUCAAAAUCGAAAGUUUCCCUGGAAAACUAAUCGCGUUGAUAUAAAUUGCGUGUAGAAUCAUGAGAGAUAGAUGAAAGUUGAUAUACCUGAGAUGGGCAGGUUAGGUCACAUUCCCUCGUACAUUCGACUGCAGCUCUAUAAAUGAAGCGAAACUCGUACCCUAUCGAUAGAAAAGGAACAACGGUUGAAAGAUCGUAAAGAUUACUUUACCAAAGGUAUCCCCAAGCUGAUCACGCUGCCGAGCACGAACGUUUGCUUGAGGACGCGCACGGACCUCCGCUGGAACGGCCAAACGCCGAACGCGGUCAGCAACUGUUUCGCCAGCGAGUACGCGGGCUGAUCGAAGAAGUCCAUCGUCGCCGGUUUUCAGCAGCACUCGCCACGCCUCGACUCGACGCGCGGAGAGGAUCGUAUGCUGCAACUCUUGCAAAUGUUGUUGUUAGCGCGGUGGUUGCCCCGUAUUAACACUGAAAUUUACAUGAGCAGCGAUUCCCACGCCGUUUCCGCGACCGUUACUAGCCCGGGAGAAAAAUUGUUAUCGAUCACGGGAGAAAAUGGUGCUUGUUGCGGGGAACGGUAUCGGGAGCUCUGUCAAUCGACGUACGUGGGAACCGUGUAGUUGUCGGUUUGAAUUUCCAGAUGCCUCUAGUCGAAUUACCCACACGAAACGACCAUAUUCGACUCAUCUUCGGCUGAUCCUCGACCUAGAGGGGCACCCGCUCGUCAGUUAUCGUCUCUCGGCUGAUCCGAGAAAUAAUUCUUCCUUCGUUCUAUUCUCAUCUUUUCAUUCGAUCGUACGUUCGGAUAACCAACACUGUUUUUCAUAUCACCGUUCUUUCUAGUACUCGUACUUCCAAUUGAAAUAUCGAACAUUCGAUCGAUUUCUUCGUUGAAAAUAGAAAAUCGAGGAAAAUAUCUAGAAUGGGAAAGGAUAAUCGAGGAGAGGUGAGUAGUUUCGAAUUAGUAGACUCUCGGGAUCGAAUCGAUCGGCGCGUCUACACAGUGUAGCGCGUUUUUCAGACUCGUUGGGAGAACACGGACCAAGAACACGACACACGGCCUUUGCGUGGAAUUCUCAAUUCUCUGGAACUGGAGAUCCGGCAUGAUCGAAUUAUUCCCAUUGUAUCUGCAGAACAAGCAGAAUUUGCAACUUUUAAUUAUCCUUUAUACUAUCCUUUUCUACAUUCUUUAAUGAAUUCUUGACGAUACUUGUAAGUGUUCAUAUGUACAUACAUACAUAUAUAUAUCGAUAUCACGGUUGGGAAAUCAGGGAAUCGGAAACAGUUGGGAGGAAAUUCCGCCGUGAGACCUCUACGAGGUUCGUUAAGCUCCUUUCCAAGGAACAGUACCAUCAUACGAAGCUCACCGGCCUGAAAGGAAAUGGUUUCCGUUUUCGCUUUCUUCGCUUUCUUCGCUUUCUUCGCUUUCUUCGCUUUCUUCGCUUUCUUCGCUCUUUUCGCGUUCUCGCUUGAUCGCCGACACUAUAUAGUAGGAAACAGUAAUUCGAAACGGUACAUGUUCCAGGCGGACAAAGCGAAACAGUUAUGGGACGAGAAGCGGUACGACCGUUUCAUCCAGUGCCUUCCGUCGAUGUUAACGUCGAGCAUCGCCGUAUUGAAAUAUUUGAACGCCAUGGUGAACAUGGACAAGUUGAAGGACAUCCUGUUGGCCAUUCGGAGCGACUCGGAACGGCACCAGAACCAGCCGGAGUACCGGAUUUUCCACAAGCACAGCAUGGAGGGAAGAACGUCCGUUGUAGCAUUCGCCGGCUACAUGUGCUUCGCGGCCGUCACGUACAUGUCGCUCGCCGUCCACAUGCUCGUAGAGGAGAACGCGAACCGCGUGAACGCCUCCGUGCCCAGAGAAUUCUUGUACCAAGUGGACUACCACGUCGACCACGAGAAAUAUUUCUACCCGAUAACAGCGCACACCUACUACGUGACCCUGCUGGUGAUAGCGAUAAUCGUGGCACUGGACACCCUCUAUAUCAUCGUCAUCCAGCAUUCCUGCGUUUUGUUCGCUGUCCUAGGGUUCAAGCUGAGAACGGCUCACAUCUUGAACGAAAGUGUCCUGUACCAGGGUGACGAGUACAAAAACGUGAGAAUCUUGAGAUACACCGUGGAAGAAGAGAACCGUGUGUUCCGGAAACUCGUAGGCUGCGCUAUGGAGCACAACAGAGCGCUCGAGUACGUGAAGCUGCUCCACGCGAUGUUCUCCAGAACGUUGCUCGCCCAAAUAAUCGUAAACAUCUUGUCCCUGAGCGUCAGUGGAAUAGAAAUACUCUUGCAGCGAAACAACUUUGACGUUGUACUGGGAAUGAUCGUCUGGCUGGUGGGCGACGAGGUCCACCUGUUCUUCCUCUGCCUUUCCGGACAGAGGCUUUCGGACUUUAGCGAGAACGUCUACUACGACGCGGUGGAGUGCAUGUGGUACACGUUCUUCGCGAAGAGCAAGGUCGUCUAUCUAUUCUUCGUGAUGAACACCCUGAUGCCUCAGCAAUUGGUCGCGCUGAAGCUGACGGCGUUGAACAUGGAAACAUUCCAAGCGGUUCGUUCACUGUCCUCCGUGUUUGCUCGUUUGCCAGCUGUUUCGACGAAUCCCGCGGCUCGCCGAUCGAGAUCGAUCGUCGUCGCGAUUCAACGGGAAACAUGGUUGCAGGUAACGCGAAUGGCUGCUUCGUAUUUCACGGUUUUGUCUUCGACCCUUUGAGCGAAGGCGGAUGGAAGGCCGAGCAGAAUUUCCGAGCGUCGAUGCGAUUCGUCGAUGCGAUUCGUCGAUGCGAUUCGUCGAUGCGAGAGCCGACUAGCAAUCUUUACGGAAUCAUAUCCAAGUAUAAGCCGACGUGUAUAACAUCUACAAGAUACAUUGUGCGCGUGUGCGUGUGUGCUAUUUAAUACUCGUUAAUCUGUAAUAUUGCCAUACGUCGUUGAACGCGACACGCGUUUCAACCGACAAACCUAUAGGAAUUACCAUGAAACAAGGUGUUUGCACAAGAUCCAGCUAUCCAGAAUACAAGUAUCGAAUAAAUCAGUCUUUUGCCAGAAAUUCUUUCAGUCGGUUCGCGAAACCCAUUACACCUUCGGUUUGGUUCGUUGUCGAGUUUACCUUUAU